UUGCACAUUUUAGCAAAAGCCAUUCAUCUGUCAAAUAAAAUUCUGCUGUGUUGUAUCUCUUCAAAGAAAUAUUUUCGCCGGAAUUCUACUCACAUUCACAUUUUUAUCAAAUAUUUAAACAAAGAAAACUAUUUUGAAUAAUGGAUCGCCUACUUCGUUUAGGAGGUGCUAUGCCCCAAGCCCCACCACCAACAGAUGCCCCUGUUGUAGAUACAGCCGAACAAGUCUACAUUUCAUCAUUGGCUUUAUUGAAAAUGCUCAAACACGGCCGUGCCGGAGUACCAAUGGAAGUCAUGGGCCUAAUGUUGGGUGAGUUUGUUGAUGAUUACACAGUCCAGGUGAUUGAUGUUUUCGCCAUGCCCCAAACUGGUACCGGAGUAUCCGUCGAGGCUGUCGAUCCAGUUUUCCAAGCUAAAAUGUUAGACAUGCUCAAACAGACUGGCCGCCCCGAAAUGGUCGUCGGCUGGUACCAUUCCCAUCCUGGUUUUGGAUGCUGGUUGUCCGGCGUCGACAUCAACACCCAGCAAUCGUUUGAGGCACUCAGCGAACGUGCUGUUGCUGUGGUCGUUGACCCCAUUCAAUCUGUCAAGGGCAAGGUUGUCAUUGACGCUUUUCGACUGAUCAACCCGAAUAUGUUGGUGCUGGGCCAAGAGCCUCGGCAAACAACAUCAAAUCUGGGCCAUUUACAAAAACCUUCGGUGCAAGCGCUGAUUCAUGGCUUGAAUCGGCAUUAUUAUUCCAUUAGCAUCAACUACAGAAAACAUGAGUUGGAGCAAAAAAUGUUGCUGAAUCUUCACAAGAAGUCUUGGAUGGAUGGUUUGACUCUGGCCGAUUAUAAUGAGCAUUCCUCCAUUAAUGAGACUACUGUGGCUGAGAUGUUAGAAUUGGCAAAGAAUUAUAACAAGGCUUUGGAAGAUGAAGAAAAGAUGACUCCUGAACAACUUGCCAUUAAGAAUGUUGGCAAACAAGAUCCCAAACGGCAUCUUGAAGAAAAGGUCGACAAAGUUAUGCAAAACAACAUUGUCCAAUGUCUGGGAGCAAUGUUAGACACAAUAGUAUUUAAAUAAUCCAUGUUCUCAUUUAAAUGAUUUUUUUUUUGUAUUCAGUUUGUAUUUAUAAAUAAUAACUUUUUCUAUCAUUGAA